AUGAAAGUCAGUUUGGAUUUUCAAGAAGUGAUGAAUGAGUUCGCAAAUACAAAGUGUGCUAAAGAUCUUGCUGCUUUUGGAUUACUGUUUUUCAUUGCUAUUUGUGCAUAUGCCCAACUGGGAUAUAGCCUUUUUGGAACAAAGGCAAGGGACUUCAGAGGAAUUGGAAUAUCUGUGGUGACUCUUUUGCGAACUAUUGUGGGAUAUAAUAUUUAUGAAUCAAUUCAGAAAGCUGAUUGGUUUUUUGCUCCUAUAUACUAUAUUGCAUAUGUAGUAUUUGUUUUCCUCAUAUUAUUGAAUAUGUUUAUUGCAAUUAUUGUAUAUUCAUAUUCAGAAGUAAAAGCUGAGAUAGCUGUUAUGGAUGAUGAUUUACAUUUGACUGACUUUUUGAAAAGACACUUUAAAAAUGUGAUGGAGAAGUUUGGCAUAUACAGCACAUAUGAGCCAAAGUCUAAGGACAAAGAGAAGAAGCUCACAUAUAAUGAUAUUAGAGAAAUUUUACGAGAGUGCAAAUUUACAGAUUUGGAGAUAGAAAUGUUUUUUGCAAAAUACGACAUCACAGGAGAAAGAAUAGUAACUGAACAUGACACACACAGAAUGUUACGUGAUAUGGGAUGGGUGGACAAGGAAGAUGAAGAUGUGGAACCAGAAGAAGAUUCUGGUGUGUCUGUAGAUGAAUUUGAAGAGUAA